AUGUUCGUUUUGUCCUUGAUCAAGGAUACGAUACCGAUCCAUCCUUCACAUUUUGGUGUUCCCCCUGAACAGGCUUUGAUCAACGAACUCAAUAAAAAGUUUGCCAAUCGUGUCUUGCACGAUGUUGGGCUUUGCAUCUGUGUAUUCGAUAUAUCAGAAGCCGGAGAAGGGAAAGUAAGAUACGGAGACGGUUUCUUAUGGUACACGGUUAUAUUCAGAUUGACCGUCUUUCGUCCAUUUCCUUCAGAGGUGAUCCUCGCACGAGUCAAAUCGUCAGAUGAGGAUGGUAUUCAAUUAUCCGUAGGAUUUUUUGAAGAUAUGUGGAUCCCAAUAACUUAUCUUCCUCAGCCCACUGCCUUUGAUCCUAAUGAACGGGCACACUUCUGGCUUCCGGGCUCACAAUCAACGUCAACCCAUGAGCUCCUCGACUCACCCACGUCAGAACGCAUGUAUAUCGACCAGGGCGAAACUGUUCGCGUUCGUGUUGAGACGGACGAAUUCUAUGAUGACGAGCCUGGGCCACCAAAGGCCACGGAGGGUGUGCAAAUAAAGGUGGAGUCUCGCAGGCCGCCAUAUACAAUCACAUGCUCGAUCGCAGAACAAGGCUUGGGCCCUGUAGCAUGGUGGAGAACAACAGAAGCAGAUGCCAUGGACGAAGGUUAA